CUUCCGGAGCUCGACUCGGCUGCAGGGGAACAGGUCGGAACUACUGUUCUGUCCGUCGAGAUAAACACGAGAUCAUUUUAAAGUGACACAAAACGUCUAGCUGUUGGAGGAGACGAGCACUACGUGGUCAGCUGUAAUGGCAGGGGGUGGAGCAGCAGGUGUUGAUCUAAGCAGGAAGUUUGUGACAGAAGCUGAGCUUGAUGAGCAGAGGAAGAAGAGACAGGAGGAAUGGGAGAAAGUCCGGAAACCUGAGGACCCAGAAGAGGCCCCAGAGGAGGAGUAUGACCCCCGCUCCCUCUUUGAGAGACUGCAGGAGCAGAAAGACAAGAAGCAAGAGGAUUACGAGGAGCAGUUCAAAUUCAGGAACAUGGUGAGAGGAUUGGACGAGGAAGAGACCAGCUUCCUGGACGAGGUCUCCCGGCAACAGUGCUUGUUGGAGAAGCAACGCAGGGAUGAAGAGAAGAAGGAACUGCUAGAGUACAGAAGCGCUCUAGUGAAGCAUGCAUCCACAGAAGGCCGUAAAGAGCCGGAGAAGAAGGUGGCACCCAAACAGUCAGGGGCCGAGCAGAGGACCAGCCACCUUUCUCAGGCUCAUCUAUUAGCUGGAGCUGUCAAGAGACGCAGCUCCUCUCAGUCUUCAGACAGCAGUAAGAAACAGAAGGUGGAAAUCACAACAGCAGCAUCAACAGGGAAUGGAGACAGACUCAAAGAACAGGAGGAUGGAGCAGGAGAAGGAGCAGAGCGGGCUGAAGAUAAACAAAUGGUCCCUGGUCUGACAGCCAAGACACCCUCAGCCCCAGUGGGCUCCGGUCAAGGCACACUACACCUGCCAUCAGCAGCCGUGUGCGUCGGGGUUUUACCGGGACUCUGCGUUUAUUCUGCCAGCAGCGACUCUGACAGCAGCUCAGACAGCGAAGUUUAAGCCGAGCAGCCAAUCCCGCACUGCCUAUCCCGAUGACCUCCUGCCCCCCCUCACACCCCCCUCCCAACCCAAGCCACAGUGACUGCGAGCUGUGUUGUUGGCUGAGGGAACAGUGAUUGACAGCUGUGGAGCAAAGGAAAGAGACUGCUUUAGCGUGUGUCACAUGACUCACCUUUUAGCUAUGAGCAACAGUGGAGAAAGAGUCGGGCAGGACGCGCUUCUCUAGCUUUUGGGUAAAAUGCCGUGAAAUCGUUUGGAAAAAAAAGAUGUUUUUAUUUGUGUGACGUGAUGUUUUCUCUCAUCAGUACUUUGUCUCAGAGUCAGGUCAUGCUGGAAAGAUGCUGGAAUGUUUGCUGCUGUCUCAAGUGUUAGGAGAUCUGUUGUUCAAAACUGAGCGGAGAAUAAUAAAGAGCUUUCCCUUGUG